CGUUGGGUGACGAAAUCCAUUGGACCAAUCGACGCUUUGACGCAUUGGAUCUUUCGGCUCCAAUUCCAACUCGACCAGCUCACUUUGCCUUUGUACUCUAAGCUCCCUCACGCAGCUUCGUGUACACGCGACCGCUUCUGUCUCCCUCCACGACAACCGCCACCUAAUCCAACAUGCGUGAGGUCAUCUCGAUCCAUCUCGGCCAAGGCGGCAUCCAGACCGGUAAUGCGUGCUGGGAACUCUACUGCCUCGAGCACGGCAUCCAGCCCGACGGCCAAAUGCCAUCGGACAAGACCAUUGGCGGCGGCGACGACGCCUUCAACACGUUCUUCAGCGAGACCGGCGCCGGCAAGCACGUGCCCCGCGCCGUGCUCGUGGACCUCGAGCCGUCCGUCUGCGACGAGGUGCGCACGGGCACGUACCGCCAGCUGUACCACCCGGAGCAAAUCAUCUCGGGCAAGGAAGACGCGGCCAACAACUAUGCCCGCGGCCACUACACGAUCGGCAAGGAAAUCGUCGACUUGGUGCUUGAUCGCAUCCGCAAGCUCGCCGACAACUGCACGGGUCUGCAGGGGUUCCUCGUCUUCAACGCCGUCGGUGGCGGUACCGGGUCGGGCCUCGGCGCGCUCCUUCUCGAGCGUCUCUCGGUCGACUAUGGCCGCAAGUCGAAGCUCGGCUUUACGAUUUACCCGUCGCCGCAGGUCUCGACGGCCGUCGUCGAGCCGUACAACUCGGUGCUCUCGACGCACUCGCUCCUCGAACACACGGACGUGGCCGUGAUGCUCGACAACGAAGCCAUCUACGACAUUUGCCGUCGGUCGCUCGACAUUGAGCGUCCCACGUACACAAACUUGAACCGCCUCAUCGCGCAGGUCAUCUCGUCGCUCACGGCGUCGCUGCGCUUUGACGGUGCACUCAACGUCGAUGUGACCGAGUUCCAGACCAACCUCGUGCCGUACCCGCGCAUCCACUUUAUGUUGUCGUCGUAUGCACCGGUCAUCUCGGCCGAGAAGGCGUACCACGAGCAGCUCUCGGUGGCCGAGAUCACCAACUCGGCGUUCGAGCCGGCGUCGAUGAUGGCCAAGUGUGACCCGCGCCACGGCAAGUACAUGGCGGCGUGUCUCAUGUACCGCGGCGACGUGGUGCCCAAGGACGUGAACGCGGCCGUGGCGACGAUCAAGACGAAGCGCACGAUCCAGUUUGUCGACUGGUGCCCGACGGGCUUCAAGUGCGGCAUCAACUACCAGCCGCCGACGGUCGUGCCGGGUGGCGAUCUCGCGCGUGUCCAGCGCGCCGUGUGCAUGAUCUCCAAUACGUCGGCCAUCGCCGAGGUCUUCUCGCGCAUCGAUCACAAGUUCGACUUGAUGUACGCCAAGCGUGCGUUCGUUCAUUGGUACGUCGGUGAGGGCAUGGAAGAAGGCGAGUUCUCGGAGGCGCGCGAAGACUUGGCCGCGCUCGAGAAGGACUACGAAGAAGUGUCGGCCGAGACCGCCGAGGGCGAAGGCGAGGAAGAGGAGCUCGGCGAGGAGUACUAACUAGACUGCUCCAAAAAUGUAAUCAACACAAGAGUUCUUCUCAAGCUUCGAUUAUGGACCCUUGUCUUUUGGUUACAACGGGAU